AUGAAUGCAAAGCCGCGCUCGCAGAUAGGCAGGAUCGGCCAUGCGCCACCACGAACCCGGACCGCUGCAUCCGCCAUUCCAGUUGAGAACGAUGAACAAGCAGCAAGGCAUGGCACAAGUGGUAUUGUGCGUCCUUCGCCGAGCAAACUACCGUCGCUCCAGGGCGACACGGAGAACCGUCGCAGCUUACUCCCCCAACCCGGUCAACAUAAAUACAAUACUCGGUCAAGUAUAUUGCCAGAAGUAUCCGAUCAAGAUGCUGGCCAUGAAGAUAGGGGAGAAAACUUGUAUGAUGUGCAGAACCAACCAGAAGCUGUAUCAGCACCGCAAGAAAUUCAGAUUCCGGGUGCAGUACCGGGACGUCUUCGACCUCGAUCAGCGUAUCAGACUGGCACUCCGUCGUCUCAGCGCACGGAAAAUACUGAUAAAAUGAGUGUUCCUCGUUCUAUGCGACCUCCCGCAUCAGUCAGCAAGCUUGCGGCGCCACAGGCAGGACUGAGCCGAUCGCAGUCUUUGCGGAAACCAGCUGCUACGUCACAUCCAGCUCCAUCUUCAGGCGUUUCUGGUCAUGCUCGGACGCAGUCGACGAGUACCAUAUCAGCCCCACGGCGGGAUGUUGCUAGAUCAAACACAAUAUCUGAGCGACCAAAGUCUCUACAGAUGGCACCAAGUCGUACUACCAAGAAUAACAGCACAUCCGCAGACACACUACCUGGCGCCACCAGGACGUCGAUACGCAACACAGGUCUUAGUCGCACUGCCAGUACUCGGGCUAGACCAGAAGCAUCAAGUAGCUUGCCAAACACUGGACCUAUGCCCAGGGCUGAAGAGCCGAAGAAGACUAAUCGACCAGCAUUUAGCACACUUCAACAGCACUUCACACCGCGAAAGGUAGGGAAAGCCCCAACCGCCACUUUUAUCAACCCUGCAUCCCAAGCAGCGUCGUACUCGCUUUCCCCAGAGACGGUCAGUCUUCAAUCAGAACUGCUUCAACUACAUCUUUUGCAUCAAUCGUCGGCGCAGGUGUGCAGACGCUGGGAGAUCAGCGCGAAGCGUAGCUUACAUACAAAGUUCGAAGAGGUGGCCAGCUUAUACCAAGUCAUGUUGGAGAACGAACGUGCAGCUCAGGAGCAGAAAAAUCUCCAGUCUUUGCUCGAAUGGAGUGCUGGCGGCUUAUCUGCGGGGCUUGUUGAGCACAUCCAGGUCCUCUCGGAGCCCCUUCACGAACUGCCGUCGUUGGUCGAGUCCGGUGGCCGUCUGCAGCGUCUAGUGGCUGAAUUUGAACACUGGCUAUCCUGGGUCCAGGAUACUCGGUUCGGUCGACGGGAUCAUGGUGGAGCCAAGGCGGUUCUUGGUACAAUUGAAGGUCUUGGAGAUACGUGGAAAGCUGAAAAUGCUGCCUUGUCUCGAAAGCUGACUGUGCUCGCCCGCGAUCUGGACAGGCUGACUUCACCAGCACCAGGAUCAAGCAUUGCAUGCAUAGUUGAAGCAUGUAAAUCAAUUCUAAAUGGCAUCUUGGAUGAGUUGCAGACAAUGCAGAAGAUCGAGACUGACGUUGUGUUAAGAGAGAAAGAGUGGGUUGAGGAUCGUCUUCGAGUGAUUGCGCGGGAUGUCGGGACACAGUGGGUGGAUGUUGAUGGUCAGAGUGCGGCUUGGCGGAUGUGA